ACCUCACUGUGUUACACGGCGCAUGGAGCUCUCGCUCUGGCGAUGUUCCGAGCUAUGGAAAGGUCCGAAUAUGUAGGUAUAUAGGAAGGCAUGGCUUCCACAUGUCCUCGAUGUAUGUUGCUGCUACUACCUAGCUUUCCACCUCAUUCAGUUCAGUGGCAUACUUAGCACGGUACUCCUUCGUUGCUUCUCGCCAUGGCUUCUCGCUCGGUUUCGUUCCCGCUCGCCUUUGCGAGUUGGGGUUUCCUAUUUUUUGGAGAUACCCUCGCCCAAAAUUGUUGGAGAAAUACGCCAUGCACGGGUCCUGAGACAGCAGCUUUCCCCGGUGCCUGGGAAUCGAAUAUGUUCGCCCCAGCCUCGCGAACUGUUCAUCCCAAGGCUGCCUUCGACCUUGAUAAUGGGCAAAGCUCUUUGCCAGACCCCGUCUCGCUAAGCCGUGAACAGUCAGGCGUCUAUUAUGAUUUCGGUCUUGAGGUUGGAGGUGUCGUGAGCAUCGAGUUCACCGUGUCAUCUACUGAUGGCGAAGCUGCCCUAGGCCUGGCUUUCACGGAAGCUAAAGAAUGGCUUGGUCCAGGUUCGGAUUCUUCUAGCGGCCAAUACGAAAGGGACGACGGUGCAGUUUGGGCCAACUUCUCUUCGACCGGCGAACAGACUUAUACUAUGCCAGUUGAACGCCUCCGCGGCGGUUUUCGAUACCUGACCCUAUUCCUCGAUGGAGCUAGCUCUUCUGUCACGAUCAAGAGCGUGAGCCUAGAAAUAUCCUUCCAACCAACCUGGUCAAACCUCCGAGCCUACCAAGGAUACUUUUCCAGCAGCGAUGACUUGCUCAACAAGAUUUGGUAUAGCGGCGCCUACACCCUUCAGACAAACGCGAUCCAUCCCCAGACUGGACGACCCUGGCCCCCUCCAGACAGUCAAUGGCUGAACAAUGCUACCAUUGGUCCUGGUGAUACUAUCAACACCGAUGGUGCAAAGCGAGAUAGAACUGUGUGGCCUGGCGACAUGGGUGUUGCCACUCCCUCUUCAUUCUAUAGCACUGGAGAUAUUGAGAGUGUGAAAAAUUCACUUGCAAUUCUGUAUGACCUUCAAGCAGAAGAUGGACUCUUCCCCUUUUCUGGGCCGCCACUUCUCGCACCCAAUAGUGAUACGUAUCACAUGUGGACUAUGAUCGGGACGUACAACUACGCUUUUUACUCUGGGGAUCUGGACUUUGUGCAAGAACACUGGACCAAGUAUCUCGCAGCCAUGGACUUCCUUUCCAGACAACUUGACUCAUCCUUGGGACUUUUGAAUAUUACCGGUUAUGAGAAUGACUGGGGUCGGUUCUUUGUCAACAGUACUCUGGCCCCAGCGCAGAUGCUCUUUUACCAUACCUUGGUAACUGGCUCUACACUGGCUACCUGGCUUGGUGACACGACGGGGCUCAACACGACGUGGCUCCAAACCGCCGCGGAAGUCCGAAAGGCAAUCAAUGUGGAACUUUGGGAUAAUGAAUUCGGUGCAUUUGAUGAUAGUAUCGAGGCACGCGACACCAACACUGGUCUGCAUCCCCAGGACGGCAAUUCCUUCGCCGUGCUCUUCGGCGUCGUGGACGCCGCAUCGGACCAAGCGCAGAAGAUAUCCACCGCGCUUACGAAGAACUGGACACCAAUUGGAGCCGAGAGCCCAGAACUUCCUGGCGAGAUUUCUCCGUAUAUCUCUUCGUUUGAAAUCCAGGCGCACUUGGUGGCAGGGCAGACGCAACGCGCCCUCGAUUUGAUUCGUGACAGCUGGGGCUGGUAUCUGAACAACGAGAAUGGCACGCAGUCUACUAUGAUCGAGGGAUACCUGAUCGAUGGCACUUUUGGAUACCGACACGAUGCCGGAUAUGAGGAAGUCUAUGCGUAUACUUCCCACGCUCACGGAUGGGCGACUGGACCCGUCACAGCAUUGACUGAGCACAUUCUCGGACUCAGCAUCACUGGCCUGGCUGGGUCGACCUGGAGACUUGCGCCCCAAUUCGGAGAUCUUACGCAUGCCGAGGGUGGUUUCACUUCUGGCCUAGGCAAAUACUCGGCGUCGUGGGAACUGAGCAGCGCUGGUGGCUACACGUUGGAGUAUAACGUGCCGGAGGGUACUAGUGGUGUGCUGGUACUUCCAGUUUAUGAUCAGGGCAAAGUAUGCAGUGUCGUGAUAGACGGCGAGACAGUGUCAACUGAUCUUGCGAAAUCUAUCAAAGCACAGGGUAACUUGCAGGUAUACACGACAAAGGGGACUGGUGGACAGCACCGCAUCGUGGUUAGCUAAGGGUGUCGUCGUAUAUGUAUGUAUAGGUCUCUAGAUACCUAGAUUUGGGACAACAAAUCCUUUGCGCUGCUGCUUUGCUAUAGGCAGAAUCAUAUAUGACUCAAGGCCAAAGAUAUCGACGUACGUAUUUGAUCUUGGAAUGUGUCGUAUGAUUGAGGGUUAAAAAGGAAGACAUAUGGUGCCUUGGGUAUCUAUUUAUCUGUCUACCCUAGGUAUAUAGUAAGUAC